ACUCCAGUUGGUCUUUGAGAUAGACCGAGCACUGCGAGCGAUGUGGCGCCAUGGUCGGUUUGCUUUUCUGGUGUCUUUGGCAGGCGCAGCUACUCCUCAGCCGGGCGAAAAGCCCCUACACCUGGGUUGCCCAGAGCGAGAAGGCCGAGUUCGGGCCGGUCUACGCCCAUGCGGUGCUCACCAACUUCAAGGACCAGAUGUUCCUCAUCGGAGGUGCCAGCCCGCAAGGAGAGCUCUCGAGCGACGUGUGGCGCAGCGAUGACAAGGGCAAAAGCUGGAAGCAGCUGGAGCCGCGCUCCAAACGCUUCACGCCCAGGCGAGGGCAUGCAGCCGUCGUGGACCCGAAACGGGUGAUCCUCAUCGUGAUGGGCGGCUUCUCCGGGCGUGCCAAAGUGGACAGCGACUGUUGGAGCAGCCAGGACGGCUACGUCUGGCGCUCCCUGGGCUCGGCGCCCUGGACAGCGCGCCACGGCCACGCGGCAGUGAUGACCUCCAACAGCUGGAUCGUGAUGCUGGGCGGCCAUGAUCGUCACAGCUACCUCUCGGAUGUGUGGAAGAUUCACCACGCAUCGCAGCCGAUGUCCAUGACCCACCUGCGCGCCCAGUGGGUGCGAGUCACCAACAACGCUCCUUGGACAGCCCGUUACGGGCACACGACGCUGGUGGACGCAGACGACGUGAUCUACCUGCUGGGCGGGUUCUUCGCUGAGAAGGAGACUGGGCGCGUUCAGUGCUUCAACGAUGUAUGGUCCUCGGCUGAUUUGGGUCAGACCUGGCACUUGGUCACCGCCCACGCGCCGUGGCCGGGUCGCUAUCAACAUGCCGCCACCAUCACUAGCACCGGUGAGUUCUUCGUCCUAGGCGGUUUGUCUGUGGACUUGGAGCGUUUGCCCGACGUGUGGCGCUCCCAAGAUCGAGGGGUCUCCUGGGUAGAAGUCACCCGUGCAUCUUCCUGGGCCGCUCGCUACGAGCAUGCAGCACUGGUGGAUGCCAACGACACCAUCUACGUCCUCGGCGGAAUCGCUCAAGGAGCCGAGGCCUUUGCGGACGUGUGGCUCUCGCAGCAGACAUGCGCGGACCACGUGAAAUGCACUGGCGCGACGCCGGUGUGCCGUGACGGCACCGAGGAGAACUUUGAAGGCCUCACGCGGCCCCUGUGCGUGGGGAUCUGUGACCGCCGCAUCUUCGACGAGUGCAAGCCCAAGGAGGACUGCCGAGUUCAGGAUGACAAGCCGACAUGUGUGGAUCCCUGCGACGACAAGGAGUGCGAGGCGGAUCAGGUCUGCGAGGCGGCGCCUCGAGAUGAGGUCUUCCGUGGUGAGAUGCUGAAGAGCGCCGAGGCCUACUGCCUCUCCUGCAGCCACGCCCAGACGAAGGCCUCCUGCGGCCAGCUGCGGCAAUGCGCCUGGAGCACCGGGGAUGAGGCAUGCGAGAUGAGGUGCUCAGUGAGGGACGAGUCCCGGUGCAAGGGCAGUGACAAGUGCCGGUGGAAAGACGGCAAAUGCAGCAAGAAGUGAGCGAACCGAGCCGCGAGGUGCCAACCGAUAGCGGGGCCUUUCGACGCCCGUUACCGUUUUGUUAUCA